AUGCCAUCACAUGAUUUGUUGGAUCAAGCGAUAACUUAUGUGAAGCGACUGAAAGAAAAAGUGGAAAAACUGAAUCAAAGAAAGGAACAACUCAAAGGUGAUGGUGAGAAUGGUGGAGAAUAUACUAUGGGAAGCAACAUCUUACCACAACUUUCACUAAGAGAAGUAGGUUCAACUUUGGAGGUGAAUUUGAUUACAGGGAGGGACAAAAGUUUCAUGUUACAUGAAGUUGUCAGUGUUCUUAGCCAAGAAGGUGCUGAAGUUGUCAGUGCAAGCUAUUCUAAUGCAGACGAUAAGGUCUUCUAUACAAUUGUCUCUCAGGCUAUCUGGUCUAGAAUUGGCAUAGAUAGUUCAAGAGUGCAUGAAAGAUUGAAGAAACUGGUUUUCUGAAUUAUCUAAUCUUUGUUUGUCCGUGCAUGAGUCAC